GAAAGACACUGGCCGGCAGUCACAGACACCGAUGCGGAUGAAGAUGAAACAGCUCUCACCAACACCGUCGCAGCUGAUCUCGAGCCGUUGGGCAACUCGACAUCUAUAAAUGAAUCAUCUGUCGCCGCUGAUCUCGAGCCGUUGGACAACUCGACAUCUAUAAAUGAAUCAUAUGCCGCCGCUGAUCUAGAACCAGAACCGUUGGAUGGGACAUUCAACAUAACGCGACGUGACAAUAUCGACGUGACAAUGGAACCGACAGAGACAGCACUUGCAGAGCCUGAAUUGCCGGACACAGUGACAGAAGAUGUUCCUAUAACUUUCACCAUGAUUGAGAACGGCAGUAAACGAGGCGGCCGAUUGCUGGUGUCUAGCAACGGAUAUUCUUACGGCGUGAAGAAUGCGAACAAGAGUUCCACACUCUGGCGGUGAAGCGUGCGAAGCAAAAAGAUGCGAUGUCACGCGACAGUCUUACAGAAAGGCAGUGACUUUCGUCUAUCAGGGCUCAACAUUAACCGAAAAACCAACUUGCCCUGCCGGGCAAGUACUUAGAAAAUCUACUUGCCCUGAACGUAAAGCCGCUUGCCCAAACAUGAAAUAUCACAUUAACUGUAAAUGUCAUAUUUUUUAAUUAAGAUCAAAUAAUACACCACAAAACCUUUUUUAUUUUUGAUCAUUUAACAAAAUGAUUACUGCAAUUAAAGUCUAAUGAAAGUCUAAAUUACAUGCUCUGUGUUCAUUUAUGCAUUUGCCCGGGCAAACAAGUAAUUAUAAAAUAACUUGCCCGGACCCAACUUUUACUUGCCAGGGGCAAUAGGACAACCGUUAAUGUUGAGCCCUGGUCUAUGCUCCAAUGCGCACGUGCACCCAGCGGACCAGAAGCUUCCUCUUCGAGCGAAGUCUUCCACCAUUGUCAAACAGCGUAUCAAGGAACAGCCUCAUGCCCGGGCAAUGGAUAUUGUAGCUGAUGUCAUGUCGGACAUUACUAACGAUGAGCAGUUCCUGGCCCCGAAGCAGGGUGAUUAAUGGAAAGAGCAAAGACAAAGUGUACCAGAUUUUGAACCACUUAAAUGACGGAGAGUUGUACUGUGAUCCUGACUUCCCAGCUGAUAAUAGUUCUUUGUACUACAGUGAAGAGAAACUAGUUGCAGAUAAAUCGGUUGUUUGGAAACGCCCAAAGGACAUUUUAGAGGAAUGGCAGAAACCCCAGCUUAUUCUGGAGGGUGCUACACGAGAUGACAUUCGCCAGGGAAAGCUUGGAGAUUGUUGGUUCCUGUCCUCUUGUGCUGCCGUCAUCCACCAGCGGCCAGCCUUGAUGAGCAAAGUGAUGCUGAAGAAUCAGCCACUGUAUGGAGACGGAUACCAGGGGAUGGUGUGUUUCCGCUUCUGGAGAUUCGGCAUGUGGAUUGACGUGUACAUUGAUGACAGACUGCCCACUGUCAGUGGGAAAUUGAUAUACGCUUCGUGUACAAACCCAUCCGAGUUUUGGGUGUCGCUGAUAGAGAAAGCAUAUGCAAAACUCCAUGGUUCCUACGAGGCUAUUGAGCAAGGUCAGACAAUGGAUGCACUUGUAGAUCUCACAGGGGGUUUAGCCCAGAGAUACGAGAUCCAAGGAAAGGAUCCAAACCUCUAUCGACAAAUCAUGCGCGCUAGUGCAUCCAAGGCUUUCAUUACCUGUUCUAAAAAGGGAACAAUGCAAGGGGACGAUGUUAUAGUCAACUUGGACCCAAACGGACUGGUAGCUGGCCAUGCCUAUACAAUCACAGAGAUAAGAAAGGUCACUCACAAGAGAGGUGAGGACAAGCUCGUGAGGAUCAUGAAUCCGUGGGCAGAUGGUACUGAGUGGAAGGGAUCUUGGAGCGACAAUGAUGUCAACUGGAAUUGGGUUGAUGAGAGGACAAAGGAGCACCUGGGUUUGCGGUCCAAAGAUGACGGGGAGUUCUGGAUGUCGUUCCGUGAUUUCUGCAAGCAUUUCUCAGAGGUGACAAUCUGUCUGACAGGGCCUGACUUUGACGGGCACGGUUUGUCUGAUCAGGCAGGUCAUGUUGAAGUCAUUCGAGGUCAGUGGGUAAAGGGCAUAUCAGCAGGAGGAAGCAGGAACGACCUUCAGAACUUUGCUACAAACCCCCAGUAUUUACUUAUUUUGAAUGAACCAGAUGAGUUCAAUGAGGACACAGACGACCCAGAGACUGAGGGGAAGUGUAGCAUUGUGAUCUCUCUUCUACAGGAGCGGACAUGGCCACCAAAACGCAACUCUAGAAUCAUGAAACACCAGAUUGGAUUCAUGAUUUACACAAUCGAGGAUAUCUCACAAGCUCUUCCAGCAACAUACUUCAAGUAUCACCCGGACUGUGGGAAAUCUGGGAUGUACAUCAACACUAGAGAAGUAAGCGGUCGAUUUGAGCUAGAUCCAGGCAACUAUGUGAUCAUUCCUUCACCAUACAAGGUUGACGACGAGGCUGCAUUUAUGUUGAGAGUGUUUGGGGAAAAACAGUUCAAACUUACAGGGCCAUUGGCAAGAAAUGCUCCAGAACAAUGACACUCACAUUAUAUUUUCAAACAUUGAAUUCUAAACCUGUUUGAUGUAUGAUCAACCCACCAUAUUCCAGAAGUGACUACAUUCCUAUGCACGCUCUGCAUAAACAUGACCCUGUCCGUACGGAUGUUUUGUUCAGUCAGGAUACACAUUUAAGUCAGCAUUUUUUUGUAUUGUGAACAUAUUUUAAUCCCUUCCUUCCAAGUUUAUGUAUUGCUUUAUGUAUUUCAGAAUUAAUAUCUUUGUGUAUAGUGUUAGGUGUUUUCAUUAGAAGUCCUGUAAGCAGGACAUACUUUUACCUAUUAUUUUUAUAUUUUCCUAACUUAUUAUGAGCAAUAAUUUUCCUUCUUUUUAGAAAAUUAGGUCUAAAAGCCCUUCUCUUAAGUACCAUAUUUCAAACAUUGAACAUUUAAACAGUUUUUGAAAAAACAUCAUUCUUACAGAAAAUAUAUAGGAUUUAAAAAUAGUACACAUUUGUGUUUUAAGUAUUCAAAUGACAAUCAGUUAAUUUAAAACUGGAUUAGAGUUAUCUUCCCUAAUCCAAAUUUAACAUAAAUGUAUACUAGUAGUAGUAAAUAUGUAAAUGCAUUUUAUGUGUACAUACAAUUUAUGUGAACAAUUUCUUUUUAAAUAAAUAAAAAACAAUACUUUUUCAUUAUAUGGAGUUUCACUUAGGCUAUUGUCAUCUUUAUAUAGGCAUGCAACAAUGCUGUUAAUACAAAUCAUAUGAUGAACUUGAGUUAUUUAAAGAUAAUUUUGUGUUACCUUUUGUUUUUUAACAAGAAUUAAGCACCUUUAUAUCUUGAAAUAAGAUUGCUACUUGAAAUGUAAAGCACCAUGAACUGGUCAAGUAGAAAUCAUAUCUCCCCUGUAUGAAGUCCAAGUUUCAGUUGGCAAAACACUUCGUCAGCAAGCUUUAAUGUAUUUACCAACACUCCCAACCAUAUAUAUAUAUAUUGCUAGACCGUUACCCCACCCAUUCUGUUAUACAAAGCGUAACAUAAACAAAUACUCAUUAUUAAAUUAAAAAGCUUAUUAUUAAAAUAACUUGUUAUUCACAAUAUGCAUAAACAUCAUAUUUAUAUAUUUCAACCGAUGUCUAUAGCUUAACUUACGUUUUUGUCAUUGUAUUUGUAUAAUAUUGUUGUUAACGCUUGCAUCUCAUUCAUUAAAUCCGCCAUUUCAUAUUAUGUUCAUUGGUAGAUAUUUUUACUUUAACGGUCGUCAUGCGUCAUUGACGUCACAGCCGAAAAAGUAUAAAUAGCAGUUUCAAAAAUAAAAUUUUUUCAGUUUGGAAUAUUGAUUUGAAAAGUUAACAUCCGGUCAAGAUAAAUAAUUUAAUAACAAGAAACAUAUUAUUAUAAACUAACUACAGAAUAAGAUGCAGGUACGGAUAUUUUAUUGUUGAUUGCAUAUGAUAUUAAUGAAUAUAUGCUUUUGUUGUAAUAGAAUUGAUAAGGAAACUGAAACUGAAAGUAAAAGUAGAAAUUUUGAAUUAACUCUUUGUUUUCUUUGUUAUUCGGCAUAACAAUAUAUUAUAUUUUGUACAAAAACGUGUAUGGGUAAAUGGGACUUUUGGUACUUUAUUGAGGGUUUACCAGAAAGUUUGAGCAAACUUUCAAGGAAAUCCUUUAAUAUUUUUUAUGAAGAAGUUAUACUUUUAGUUUUAAGUAUGAUAAAUGUAUUCUGUUCUUCUCAUUUAAAACAUAUCUUACUAAAUAGUCAGGUGAGAUUGUCUAUAGUGUUACAGUUAUGUGUUGUAUUUAUUGUGUAAUGCAGAUGGAUAGCUGACAUUAAAUGAGUGACAAAUGUUUCUGAUGGAUAACAUUGCGAUUGUGUACAUGUACUUAUUUAUUUUAAAUUAUUUUCAUUGAUGUUGUGAUAUUUAUUCCAGAUUUUUCAUUAUGAAAUAUUUAGAUGUCUACUGUGUUUGAGUAACACUGUGAUGGUCAUCUUGUUUUAGUGUUACAUGUUGUAGUAAUGUGAUUUUGAUAAUCACUGGUAUGUGAUAAUUAAUUUAAAUUUAGUAUUGUUAGAGAAUUGCAUCAUAACCUUUUAUCUUCUUUUUUUUCUACAAAUGCUCAAGGUAAUUUAUUCCUUUGCUCAAAUGAUGUACAGGAAUUUUUAUAUGCCUGCAUUUCCUAAGUGUGUUAAACAUUUUGUAAGUAUUAAAAUAUAUAUUUCUAAAUUGCAUGCAUUAUUUUAGUUACAAAAAUAGAUAUAAUUUUCAAGAAAUUGAAUUUUUUUUUUUAUUAAACAUACACUAAAUGAUAUUAUCAUACACAAACAUGUCAUGCCAAAAGUAGAGUUCAUAAAAUAUAAAGUGAGAGAUUAAUUAAAAACCAACCUAAAUUGAUCAUUUGGCUUUAAUUUGCAGAUUCAAAGUUGGUGUUCACAGGGUACAUCAGCAGCCAUACACAGCAAUAAUAAUUUAAAUAUUUAUCAUAUCAGCUUAUUGUGAUAUCCCUCAAUAUAUAAUUAACUUUCUUACAAUUUUAUAAAGGAGCAGUGCAGUGAGUUGUAUUCCAAGAUAAUGAGAAGCCAACAGAGCCAAAUAUUUUAAUUACUAGUAUAUAAGAAAAUACCUGUAUGUAUGCUACAAGGGUAUUUUGAUUUAUUGAAAAAUAAUAUGUUUUUGUUUAUUUGAGCUACAAAGACAUACAACUAAGUUCAGUGCUUUUAUUUAAACUUCAUUACAUCAAAUGCCUGAGGCUCAUAAUGAAGCACUAGAUUCCAUUUACUGGGUAGAACCAGUACUUGGCGUUGUAGGUGUGAAAUCGUGAGACCAAGUCUAUUGUUGGGAUGAAACCUGGGACAACCAAAUCACAACUGUACAGAUACUUGGGUAAUGUCAUCUUAGUGCCUUUUCUGAUAUGUAAGGAUAACAUGUACUGGUAUUCAAACACAUUGCCGACAAUCUGUUCAAAUAAUUAUGCGGUUGCUUUUUUCUUGUAAUAGUGCAUUUAGUUAUGGUUCUGGGUGUUUAUAUAGUUUCCAUUGUGCAAUGAUGUUGUGUAUUUUUGUACAGAUCAACCAAAAUAAAUAUUAGAUUUUAAAUAGUCAGUGUAAUAAUACAUACACAACUUAUCAUAUUUGUUUUUUCUAGAGCUAUACUGUAUUGAUCAUUAUCACUUAUUAAUACAUCCUUUUAAGCUCACCUGACCACAAAGAGUUAAUAUGAGCUGUGCUGAUAUUCCUUAGGUCCAGCCUCAGUCAGGUGAUGUCAUGUGUCUGGUGUGUCAUCAACUCUAAGCUUAUUACAAAAAGACCACAUUUGUUACCCAAUCUUGAUGAAACUUAAUGAUGAUAUCAACAAUAUCUAGGUCAAGUUUAAAUCUGGGUCAACUGCGUCCAAAACUAAGUCACCUAGAUUUCUUUGAAAAACAUAAAUUUUGUAAGAUUGUAGAGGCCGCAUGUAUGAAUUUUGAUUAGACUUAAUAUUUCUCAGAAUAUUUCUCUUUACAAUAUCAAAGCCAAGUUUGCAUCUGGGUCACAUACAUUCUAAAACUUGGUCACCAGUUGAAAGAUGAAAUGAGUAAGCGCUCUUGAAGAAACAUUAAGGUUCAAUAUUGACGGACGGAAUGUCUAUGUUGACAUGUUUAUAGGAAUAGAUGAAAUCAGUGCUACCUGCAUCCAAACACUAGAUGGCCUGGUCAAAUAUAGAAAGAGCUUGUUACUUCUCUGGAGCAACACUUCAAUCUUGAUGAAACUUGGUCACAAUGUUCAUUUUACCAAUACAUAAGCAUUACUAAAAUCUGGAUCUUGUGCAAAAAACCCAGGUCAAAAGGUCCAAUCUAAAAAAAAAGUUAUAACUCCAGAGCCACAUUUAUGAUUCAAUCUUGAAGAAACUUCGUCAGAAUGUGUAUUUUAGCAAAACCUAAGCUGUAUUAAAAUAUGAAUCAUUUGGGAAAAAAAUAGGUCAUAAGAUUAAAUCUUAACACGCAACUUGUUAAGUUUCUAGAGGCAACAAUUAUUACUCAAACUAGAUCAAACUUGAUAAGAUGUUGAUCUUUACAAUAUCUAAGCCAAUGUUGAAUCCUGGUCACUUGCAUCUUAAGGACAUCAGUUGAAUCUAUAAAAAAAAAUACCACUGUAGAGUCCCAUUUUACUCUAUAACUUGGACAGAAUGUUUUUUUGUGACAUCAUGAAGAUCAUGCUUAAACCUGGUCAAGUCUUAAGUAAUUGAUGGCUGUGAAUACUGGCGAUCACUUAAGGACCAUCAUGUCUCUCAUGUUUUUUUUCUAUUUUUGAUCACAUUUUCAUGCUAGCAAAAAAGAAUACAAAUAUUUUAAUGAGUUGGAAGUGCUUUUGAAACAAUUUCUGCAUUUCAUUGUUUUGCAAUAUUUUUGAUAAUAAUACAUUUAUCAGUUUUGUUAAAAACAAAAUAAAAAACAAACAUUACUGAUGCAAAAUUGAUGUAGAACAUUCAUACCAAUUGUGAUAAGUGAUGUUUUUUCUCAAAUAUAUGCAUGGCAUAAAUGUUGUUAUUGUUAAUUUGUAGUUUUUAAUUGUUUGUUGCAUAAAAUAAAUUAUGUUCACUAUUUAA